AUGGCCAGAAUCAACGUCUCAGAGAACGAAAUUAUUAGCAAAAUGAAAGCGAUAAAUCUGAAGGAAGCGAAGAGCCCCCCUUCCCUCAGCGUGAAGAACUACACAAAAUCUAUCGCGCACAAGUUGAAAAAAAACAGAGAGGGAAUUAUUUCCUGCAAGGAGCAGAUUCGAAACCUGGAAGUUCUAACCAGGCGGAUGCACAGAGAACUGUCCGAUGGAAACAAGGAAUUAAAAAAAUUAAAAAAAAAUAUUGAAAAGUCUGACGUGCUAAAUGCUCAACUGGAGCUGAACAUCAUGACCCAAAUGAAGAGGAACAAUGCACACAACAGUAUGAUCUCCCUUUUAAAAAAAAAAAAAAUAGGUAUUAACAAAACAAAGGGCAUUAUCGACAGUGAUAUUAAUUACAUGGAAACGAGAAUAACCAUGAUGAAAAACAAUGUAGAAGAAAGUGAGAAGAAAUAUUACAAGUUGGUUGGUGCUAAGGACAAACUGCACAACGAAAUGCUCAAGUUUAAAAAGGACCGAAGGGAUUUGCAGAACCAUUUAAAUCACACCAAGAGGAAUCAUAAUCUUUUGAAAAACCAGAUGCAGAAUUUUAUCGUGAAUAUGGGCCCAUAA